UGUCAGAAUCAAUGUAAACAUUGCAAGUAAUUUUAUUCAUUAAAUAUACUUAAAAUCUGGGCAUAUUCAUACAAAUAUCUAUUAUGUCUUUUCAUGAUAUAAAAUAUGUUUUCUUUGUGGCCCUUUUACUAACAGUGUUCAUCACAUCAACGUUACAGUUUGAUAUGGAACUGGAGGACCCAGUCGUUGGCAUGCCCAAAUUUGUUGAGAGUGAUGAACCGAAUGUCGACGAAUCAGAAUCACUUCUAUCCAACGUAGUUUCUGAUGUUAAUAAGACUCUUACAAAUCUCUACAACCACGUAACUUCAGCCAACGUCACUGCAGAGAACCAAACACAAACAGUGAAAUUAGUCAAAUGCAAAGAAAUUGUUUAUGAACCAAAUGAAGACCUAGAGCCAUCAGUUGAAAUAAUAAAUGGCAGUUAUUUGGCGAAACUGUUGCAAAUAAAACCUGAUAUAACCAGUCGCGAUGUGGAAGCAGAUUGUGUAUUAGUUUUAUUCUAUGCCAGAGCUUGUCCAUUUAGCGCACAUGCAGCACCACAUUUUAAUGCCCUGGCUCGUUCUUAUCCUAAUGUUAAAAUGGUAGCUCUAGAUGCUCUGAAGUACCAUGGAAUCAAUGCGCAGUAUGGAAUAGUAGGUGUGCCAACAUUGAAGAUGUUCCAUAAUGGCAGACCUGUUGGAAAAUUCAAUGGGACAGAGUAUAAUAUACAUUCCUUUAGUAAGUUUGUCCACGCUAUAACUGGCCAGCAACCUCAAGCAUUGCUUGUUUUGUCAAAAGACUUCCAAGGACCAGUUUCUAGUGUAGUUGAAAAAGAUACUGAUUAUUUCUUAGUACUCUCAUGGUUGUUCAUUAUAGUAUGUUCAAUUUAUUACUUCAUGCAAUCCAAAUGGUGGAGGAUGAUUGUUGAAAUGGUACAGAACAACUGGCGAGAAUCAGAGGCACAACAUGAACAUAAUGACUAGAUUAAUUAAUUUGUAGUUAGGUAGGCGUAACUUUUUUAUUUAAUAAAAAUAUUUUUUUAUUUUGAUGUGGUUAA